GGCGGAUCGACGGAGGGAGGACUCUUGGGUUGGUGCGAGUUUUCUGUUCUGUCGGCAUAUAUGGGAUUGCUGAUAUCAACCGAGAACAUCGGCUGUGGGGAUUUGUGGUAAACGUCAGUGCCUCCAAGCGACAGACUACAGACAGAACUGAUCUUCCAGAACAUACUGUGUGACUCUCAGAACAGUUACAAGACGCCUUUUUUGGAUGUACGUGUUUCGCUGUCUUGGAUAAGCCUGAAAAGCCCAGUCUUCCCACAGAAAACAUAGGACUUUGGAUCCGUUUGCCUGCUUACUGUAUCUGCAUAGCUUCUUGGAUUUCUUGCUAGACUCGUUUGAUAGUGUAACAACUGUGUGUUAGCCCAUCUACUUAAUUGCCUCUUUGUCCCAGCAUCAUUUGUUCUUUGAACAAAUCGAAAACCAAUGGUCACGUCGCAUCCCAUACAACAGUUCUCUGUGUCUGACAGUUAAAGGCAAAAGUCUGUCCGUAGACAUUGUAUAGUGUGCUAAAAGAGACGUGAUCUUCAAAAGCUGUCCUUGUUUGUGUGUGUGUGUGUGUGUGUGUGUGUGUGUGUGUGUGUGUGUGUGUGUGUGGUCUGUAGUCCUCGGGGACCACGUCAUGUUCCAUCAUCGUGGUCACUCCGGGAUCUGUGACCCCGCCUGCGCGUGGUGACCUUCAACCCGCAUGACCUUGUCUUGCCUGUACGGACGGUCAUGAAACUGGACAAUGUGAUGAACAAGUACGAAGUCAUCGACGUAGUAGGUGAAGGAAAAUGGCGAAAUGGUGGCGAUCAAGAAAUUCAAGGACAGUGAAGAGAAUGAUGACGUCAGACGGACGACCAUGCGGGAGCUCAAAAUGCUCCGAGCUCUCAAACAGGAAAACAUUGUGGAGCUCCGCGAAGCCUUCAAACGGAAGGGAAAACUCUAUCUUGUCUUCGAGUAUGUUGAGAAGAUAUCAAGCCAGAAAAUUUGCUUAUCAGCAAGGAUGGAGUGCUUAAACUCUGUGACUUUGGUUUUGCCCGCAGCAUCACCGGUGGUAGCAACGGUUUAUACACAGAUUAUGUCGCCACUCGGUGGUACCGCUCCCCAGAGCUACUCAUUGGAGCCCCUUAUGGCAAGGCUGUGGACGUGUGGGCCAUUGGCUGCAUUAUGGGAGAACUGGCCGAUGGUCAAGCUUUGUUCCCCGGGGACUCAGAGAUUGACCAGCUCUACGUCAUACAGAAGAUCCUGGGCCCUUUGCCAGAGGACCAGAUGAAGGUCUUCAUGAGGAAUCCCCGCUUCCACGGCCUGAAGUUCCCAGCUGUGAGAAGACCCAAGACUUUAGAGAAACACUAUCAUGGUAUCCUGACUAGUGUGGCUCUUGAGUUUAUGAAGUCCUGUCUUCGACUGGACCCCAUGGACCGAGUGCCCAUUGACGACUGUGUGAGUCACACGAUCUUUCAGACCGAGCGUGCCUUAGACAGACACCCAUGCCCGCCGGCCAAAAGCAACAGUGGACACAGUUCCAGCAAGCGACGCAAGACAGACAACAGUGGCACUCAACAGGGAAACAAGGAAUCCACAUUCAUCCAAGACGAGAACAAGCCGACAGAAAUGGAAAUCAGUGAAAAAUUGGCUCCAGAAAAAAUGGACACAAACAUUGAAGGCGAAAACAGCAACGGAAACAAGGAGGUUUUGAUCAACAGUAAAUACCUCAAACAGGUGCGGAAUCAGACAACUGCCAAUGGCUCCCGCAAUGCCUUGAAGAGUGCCCAGUCCUCGGACAUCAGCACCAUCGGCAUUGAGCCGAGCCAGGGCUUCAGCAAACCUCCGAUAACUCACAGCCUCAGCACAGCCUCCGCAGAAACUGACAUCGUGCUCAGCCGUGUGGCUGUCGAUCGCAGAGACAAAGACGGCGAGAAUAAUUUUCACUCUUCGGAUAAAAACUCGUCGAAGAAUGAUGGGGGUCACGUUUUUGACUCAGACGAUCAUCAUCUUCGGCAAAAUCCAGUCACUUCUGUUCUUCAGGAGUCUCAUAAGAAGAACUGGACCCAACAACUGCCAUCAACUGAGUCAGUGCCUCAAGGGGAGGAGGUUCCAGAGGUCAGGGGUCAGAUGGAGGAAGAUCAUGGGAUUUCACCGAGGCCCCUUGCUGCACCUAGUGGUGGUGGUGAUGCUGGCAAAAAAUUGAUGGCCGCAAACUUAGACAAUCGACACCUUUCUACCUUUGCAGACUUUCGCUCGGGUAACAUUCUGGAUUUUUCACCUAGUGGUACCAACACUUCUUCUCAUUUCAAUGCUGGCCCUACCUUGAAACUAGUGAAAGGUAAGGCGAGAAGAAAUGAGGAGGAAGAUGAAGAGGAAGGUCAGGGAAGGAGAGAGAAUGCUGAGUUCUCUGAAAGCAUGGACGUUGCAACCACGUCGGAGUCCCGGUUCUUGAAAUCUCGUAACAGUGCACACCCAACAGAAAAAACGGCGAGGGGGAAGAACGCUUCCUCUGAGCUGCAUAGUGACAAUAAUGUAGUGGCAGAUAAGAUUGGCAGUGGUGGAGCCAACAACACUCAGAAGGCAGCAGGAACAUAUACAGUUAGUGUGGAUGCCCACGCCAUCGGCAGCAGCAGCAACAGCAACAGCAACAGCAAUAACACAUCAACAGCAGCUGUAGGGGGUCAGCGGUCUGGUGCUACUACGUCCAACAAGCUGACCUCGUCCAGUCAAGUGGAGAGAAGAAAGUUCCUGAAUGCCACGACUCAAAGCGAGAUUGAGCGCAUCAAGUCGAGCACUCUUGGCAAGAAAAAAGCUCGAGAGAAUCGUGAUAGCCAGAUACAGAACGCUGCGCAGCCUGUACACACUAUCACUGAUAAGCUGUCAGAUGCACGACUCCAGCCAUCAGUGAGCUCUGACAAGUUUCUGCCCCAGUCUCGCCAUGUCAAGGGAAGAUACCUCGAGAGCCCCCUGGAUAUGUAUGAAUCAGACUUUGGUCAGCCGGCAAGAGAGGGCCGGCAGUACGGGCGCUACCCCGUGUACAACAUGAGGGCGGACUCCCCCUCCAUGGGACCCUUCAUGUCCUGGCGUAUGUCCGAUGGGGGACAGUCCAACGUUUACAAUCUGGUGAGGAAGAAAAAGAAAAAGCUGAUGCAGGUUCCAGAGCCUUUUGAAGACGGGCGUCUGUCACCCUCUGUCAAUCUGCGCAACGGGUCGCGACUGUCCCGCUAUGAGGUCAUGGACUAUGAUGGCGGGAGGGACAAUGAGGACGCCGAGUCCUCUCACAUGACCCCGCGGGACGGCGCUCUAUCCCAGCGCACACUGACCACCACACCUGUGCCAUAUGGCCCGUCGCGGGCAGGGGAUGGGCGGCGGGCUUACAAGCAGCCCGUCAGUCUGAGACACCAGGCGGCUCCCAAUACUCCAAAGGAUCGGCAGGUCGGUCGUCUUCAGCCGCUGGGCAAGAACCAAGCCAGUACCCUCUCCAGUCAUCAGCAGCAACAGCAUUCCACCAGUCACAGCAGCAUCAACAUGGGUCACCCAGAGCCAUCCUCCUCCAACAACAAGACCUACGGCGGCAUGAAAUCUUCCAUGGCAGGGAGCAUCAUGCAGGAGGAGGUCAGAGGUCAUGGGGCUCGCCAGCGGCAGGGGUCGCUGUUUUUAGAGGACGAUUUGACCCCUCGCAUUUACGCUGGCACGCUGGACAGUCGGCUGGGCCGGGGUGGGGGGCCUCGAUCGGGGAAGUCCAGUCACCACUAAGAGCUCCGGAAUUGAGUCAUAAAUAUUACUAUGUCCCUGUAGAACGGUUUAUCAAAAGUCAACAGAGAUACGUAGAUGAAAUUUGACUCUGCAAUGCUCUUUGUUGCUGUCAGACUCUAACCACAUAUCUUCCAAAUUAGGUCAGAAACUUUGUUUCUCUGAAAUCAUGUUAUUCCGUCACAAAUACAAUCAAUGAUACUAUAAUAAGUUAAAAAAGACCACUCCGCACAGAAGUUUGAGUAAUUCUAGAAAAUAAUUUGAAAGAAAGUACAUUUUUGUUGCAUUGUUUUGAAAUUGGGCGCUCGUCAAAAUAAUGAAAUCGAAGAAAUCUGCUUUUUUUUCUGUUCAGCAAUUUCUAUCAUUUAAAAAAAAAAUCACAAUUUUGUGUGGAUUUUAUUGAAAACACCGAUCAAAAGCACAGAACUGUAUGCAAUUUACCUGGACACCUGGACAUUAUAGCUUUGGAAGUCACCAAACUUUAGUGACCAUUUUCUUGCUAAUUCUACCUCUGACACAAGUCAACCCCAUCUCCUACAAUCGCAAAUACCUCUAAUUCUGGAUCAAAAUAGAUGGGUAUUUUUAAAAUCAAAAGCAAGGCAAAUCAACAAGCUCUACACUGAAACCAAUAACUGCAUUAGCCCAAAGAUUGAUGAGUGCUUGAUACCACUAUGUAGUGACACAUUAAUUUUAUGUAAAAAGUGUUUGACCUAAUUUGGCGGAUACAUGAUUGACACCGUCGAUUUUUGGACUAUUUGAAGGGCUGUGUGACAAGGGGCGUGUCUGAAACUUUUCAAAAUACAUCAUGCAUUUCCUCUGAGAAAGUGCACAAUGUGCUUUACAUAAUACAAAGAACAUGAGCACCAUACAGUUCCUCUCUCUUUUUCUUUCCUCGAUCUCUCCAGUACAUGCUUGAAUACAGACAUUUACACAAAAAAACUUGCACACACACACACACAAAGU